AUGCGAACCCCUGAACCCCCUGACCGCGACGAUCACGAAGACCCACCACCGCGACUGUUGAGACCGAAACGCACCACCAGACCACCUAACAACUAUGCUCAAGAGCAGGAGAAAUGUACUGAGCAGAGAGAGACGCGCUCCCAGCAGAGCAAGAGAACCCAAGACAAAACAGUAGCCCAACGUGACGCGGUAGCUUCGGACGACUCGACAGAGAGCGAGGACCUGAACACCGCCAAACUUGUGAAGGAGCUUGUCGAACUCAGGAGAGAGAUCAGACAGCGAGAUGAUUUGCAUAGAGAAGAGAUCCAGAAAGCUCAAGAAGAACUUCAGAAAGUCAAGGAAGAAUUUGGUGCCACCCUCGCAGAAGUUCGACACGAGUUACAGACCCUGACAGAUAGACCCCUGACACUGCAAUCCCACUCCGAGGCAUGCUCUCAGAACAGCCAUGAUGAGAUUCUUCGCUAG